AUGCCCCUCGACUCGCUCCAAACCCUCUUCCCGAUGCCGCCGCCGCGGCACAACAGGAAGCGCAAGCGCCGUCGGCAAAAGCGCACGGUGCCCUGUUUGCCUGGGCUCGAGACGACGGCCCCGGCGCCGGAGGCGCCGCCGCCGCCGCCGGUGGACCCGUUCACGAAGGAGUACCGCCGCGAGGCCGCGCGCGCCCACGCGCGCGAGGCGGGCGAGGGCGCGGGCGAGGGCGCCUUCGCCGCCCACGACGAGCGGCCGCGGCGCGCGCCGUUCGUCGUCGUCAAGAAGCGCGCCUGCGGCACGGCGCGCGAGAAAUGCAUGAUGCGGCCGCGCGAGGAGGCGGACUGCGGGCCGACGCGGUUCGCCGUGGGCGAUUACCUCGGCCACGGCGCGUCCGGCGCCGUCUUCGCCGUCGUCGUCGCGAACGACGCCGGCGAGGCGCUCGGGCCCGGCGCGCGCGUCGAGGCGCGCUACCAGCGCGGCGACCGGUGGUAUCCGGGCACCGUGCAGGCCGCGUCCGGCCCGGCCGGCGUCGCCGUGGCGUACGACGACGGCGACUUCGAGGACGCCGUCGCGCGCGCCGACGUGCGGCCGCUGGCGCCCGAGGUCGCCCUCAAGGUCGCGCGCCGCGCGGCCGCCGACGACCUCGAGGCCGAGGCGGCGCUCGCGGCGGCGGUGCGCGCGCGGGCGCCGCCGCGCCCCGCCGCGCUCGGGACCAUCGUCGAGCCGCUCGCCACCUGGCGCUGGUGCGACGCGGCCGCCCUCGCCGCGGCGCGCCUCGGGCCGACGGUCUCCGACGUGCUCCGCCGCGGCGGCGAGCGCGCGGGCGAGCGGCCGCCCGAGCCCGUCGCGCUCCUCCUGGCCGCGGGCGUCAUGGAGGCCGUCCUGUCGUGCCACGAGGCGGGCGUGCUCCACUGCGACGUCAAGCCCGACAACUUCCUGCUCCGGGCGCCCGCCGCCGGCGCCGCCGGCGCCGCCGCGGCCGGCGACCGCGACGCGCCCGCGGCGGUGGAGGCGGCGCGGCGCGGCCACGGCCUCGUCCUCACGGACUUCGGGCGCGGCGUCGACCGGCGGCGCCACCGCGCGGGAACCCAGUUCUCCACGGCGCUCGACCACGCGCACCUCGCGGCCUUCGAGUGGCCGCCCGCGCGCGCGGACCGGCGGCGCGCUCCGCGCCCGCGCGCGCCCUGGGUCCAUGAAAUCGACACGUACGCCGUGGGCGUGUGCCUCCACCUCAUCGCGACGGGCGCCUGGCCCACGCGCGACGGGCGCCGGCAGGGCACGCCGCCGCGCGCGUGGGACCGCGACCUCUGGACGUCGUUGAUCGACGCCCACCUCCACACGGACCCCGACGCGGGCGCGCCGAGCCUCGCCAGGCGCCGCGCGUUCGUCGCCGCCACGCGCGCCGCGCUCGACGCCCGCCGCUUCGAAGACCUCGACGCGGAGCUGCGUCGCUGGUGCCGCCGCGCGGCCGGGUAA